AUGUUAGAUAGCGCUGCAAACGUUAUCCGAAAGCGUUAGUCAAGUGUAUUGUACAAUGAAAAGAGAUUACAUCGCAUUAUGUCCGUCAGGUCAUAGUUUUUACACGGUUAUAUUUGGUGAAGUCGUGCGUGACGAGUUAUGCAACAUUUGGUGUAAAAGCGCCCCAUAAUAGGACGACCAGAUAUUGUGACACCUGACCUACUUAGACAGUAUCGUCGUAUUUAAGACAGUGAUUAUAAAGACACACGUCAUCCACUACAUUUUGAAAGUUAAUCGAAAUAUCGUUGAGUAACGCAUCGAUCAUAGUAGAAAAUGAAGAUAAAAGACAAAAUCAAUUAUAACUAUCGCUGUAGAAGAUUGAAUUGUUAACUUUAAGAAGAUGGUACGAACGAGUUCGUGAUACAUCGAUCUAUCGAAGCUGCUGCGCUGGUUGAAAUCGAUGACGUAAACAAACUUUCGAUCGAGUUGGAAUUCGAGAAGAAGAUUAUCGCAAUAACGUCGAUAGAUGCUACACCACGAUGGCAGGAACGAGAAGGCGGGUAUCAAAAAAUGUGUUUUCGGUGCGCGUUACUGACAGAACGGCUAGGUCGCGGGCACUAACGCGGAUCAUACGACCCUGGAACUCGUGCUGUCAGAGCGCAACGGUGCGCCGGACGCUCGCUUGACUAAGGGAGUGCCCGUCCCGAUGCAAAGUGUAAGUGAAGUGGCCUACAGACCUACAUUUGUCUAACGUUCGAUUUUUUUCGAGCCGGCGGACAGGAGGUUAAUAAUCCGCGCGGGGCUCAUUUUUCCGCGGGCGUGUGUGAUGUCGCUGUUGUGUGAUAUACCGAUGUUUGGUUGAAAGAGACGGUGUAGUUUCGGUACGCUCAGACGGCGCUGGCCGGCGCGGGGAGCGUAGUAGUAAAAAGAGAGGAGGAUAGCAAGAGCGUGCGCACACGAGGAGGAAGAGAGAAAAAGAGAGAGGGAAAAGAAGGAAAGAAGGAGAUAUAGAAGGAAAAAGACCGACCGCGCGGUUCUCUCGACUAGACAGAGAGAAAGGAAAGAAGACAGACAGAUAGAUAGACGGGGGUAAGAAAGAGAGCGAGGGCACGUAAGAGAGUGUAGGUGUUUCGAGAGAAGUGCGUGCGCUCGGGGACGACGUGCAGGAGGAGGGACCCCCGUCUGUCUGUCUGCUGGAAUGCACGAGGGCCGAAUGGCUACGGGGACAGGGGAAGGUGGGGGCCACACGGCCCUCGAGAACACCACCGCGACGGCCCUUACGGAAUCAUCGUCAUCCUCCUCCUCCUCGGUACCGACCAUCCUGACUGAAAACAACACCGCGGCUAAUCUGCCUUUGACCGGACCUCAACAGCAGCCGAACCUUCAUCAGGUACAGCAGCAACAGCAACAGCAACAGCAACAGCAACAAUCACACUCGCGGCCACGGGUCAACUUGGUGGUCACCGAUCUGCCAACGAACGAUGCCUCAGUGUGUGUGCGCGCGCGUUUAUUUCAUUCGUUUGAAUUCGACUUAACGCUUCGCGGCAUCGAAGUUAUAGUUUUCGAGUGAAGACCGUGC